GUCAAUCUGCUGACCUCUCGUCCGGCAUAACACGACGCGCGAAACGCCUCGGUCUAAUCGGAUUUCGAGUUUUUCGUGGAACUGCGGAGAAUUCGAACGAGGCAAAUCGCCCCGUGAUUGGCGUAGUCGAUAAACGCAAACACGAAUUAGACAAUUUUGAAAAAUCGUUGCGAAAUAAAGGAUGAAGCAAGUCGAACGCUGAGGUAGCUCGCGAAGAGUGGAUAUUAUAAUUUUUCGGUCGUCGUGCACGCAUAUACACACACGGAGCGAUGAUUGAUACAGCAGACGAGGUGGGGUCGGGUUUGUCAAUGAAUUUCCAGCUGUGCCCAUCCUGUGCGCGCGUUCCAAUAACGAUAUUAUUGGUAACAAUGGAAGAAAAAGGUCGAAAAUUCGCGAGGGUGUAGCUCGCAUCCGUUUUUCCAAGCGCGCGCGCGGCGGGGCUUCAAAGAUCUUCCGUCUUUUUUAUUGCGGAGCGCGAGCGAGCUGGUGCGAUUGCGCAUGGAUAAAAAACGAUUUACCGCGGCGACCGCGUGAAUAAACUUUUAUCAAUUUCUUUCGGUCUUAUAGUCGUUGUAAAACACCGCGCGGGAUAUACUUAUUUUCCGCGAGUUUAUCCAAGUCAGUCGCGAAUCGAUCCUCGCACAAAGCGUUUUCUGCAUAGAGAAAAACGACGUUCGAUCUCGUUUUUAUAUACCUUCGGCGAAAACGCUCCGAUCGCUUCUCCUUUUUCACGCUCGACGAAUGAACUUGUGGAAAAAUUCCGAAAAAUUCGGUAUCAAUCGCGAUCGAAAUUGAUACGACGAUCCCGCUGGCUUAUUAAGACGCACCAUCAAUUGUGUCACCGCGAUAUCGCGUCGGAGAAUAACGCCAACGAGUGCGACACGGUGCAAGCCAGUUUAGAAAUAAUCCGUCCGGCGUUUGGACAGUGGCCGCGGUAACCGCGUCGUGUCAGUGUCAAUCGUCUCUUCUGUUCCGACUCCUCGCUUCUAUUCAUCAAUUCGUCGGAUUCAACAUUAUUCUCGAAAUUAUUGCGUUGCUUGAAAACGGAGCGGAAUUCAAUUUUUGUGGUGAAAGCACGCGAUGUUUUGGUCGAUCGCGAUCGGUGUGCGGGAUGAAAAAUCGACUGCUGGGCAUAAGCGCGGCAGGUUUUAAUGACGAAAAGCUUUUGAAUCGCGGGGGAAAACAAAAAAAAUCUUUAGGAGAGUUAUUUGCCAAUUAUUUGUGAAGAGAUCCGAAAUAGUCGGGACGCGAAGACAAUUCGAGUGAGACUCGAUCAGUUCGUUAAAUUGAAAAAUCAAACGAGAAAAAAGUUCAUUCAGGAUUUGAUAAAAAGUGAGAAAUUGCGGACAGAACGACGAUGAGGGAAUAAAAUUGAAAUAAAUGAAAAAUCAAAUGAAACGUAUUGUAAAAAAUAGAAGGCUCAAUCAGGCGCUUUGACAAAUUAAUUGUAGGAUGUUAGAGUGCAUCCUGAAAAGCGAUGAAUUAAUACAGCGAGGAAACGUGACUCGCGACGACGAGAGGCGCGAAGCGAUCAAGAUUUUAAGAAAGAGAAAUACGUUUGUAAGCAGGAAAGAAAGUGGGAGUGACUAAUAGAGUAAAAUUGAGGGAGAAGGCGAAGAAAAAAAAGAGAGAAAAACAGACGUAAACGAUCGCAGAAGUCACGAGGUUUGAGUCGAGAACUCGUGAUCCACCGACUAAUACGUUCUUAACACAUUCUCGAUCUCUCUCUCUCUCUCUCUCACUCUUUCUCUCUUUCUCUCACGAGUUUUCUUGGUCGAGGCAUCUUCACCCGGAAUCGUUGGUCGCCAUAUCGAACAAUCAACGACAUUCUCGCGCGAGACCGUUUGGGCUCUCUCUCUCUCUCGCGGAAAGAGAGCUUUUAGUGUAACUUUGAAACUCGAGAAGAGCAGUGUUUACCACCAGCUGAAACAAGCACUUUCCGUUUGUUUUUUUUUUUUUUCCACCGAGUUUCAUUCAACGCGUUUUAUCGCGCCUCGAUCGCUCGCCGGUACUCGCCGUCCUUCUCUCGUCGUAAAAAAUAAAGGAUGAUCGGAGAAAUGUCUCACGGUUAAUUCGCCCGUCGAAAGGAGUCGCUCGACAUGGAUUCGAACACGAAUUUUCACCACGAUCUACCGCCGCCGCCACCACCGCCGCCUUCCUCCAGAGGAAUGACUCGGAGCACCGAGGAAAUGUCAAGAAGACGCGUCUCCAUAAGCGAACAAGUUUUCGGUCUCGAUAAUCCUGGAUUCGAACACAAUCGACGUAUCAGUGCCAGUUCCGAACACAAUUCCGACCAGGGACGCCGCAAAUCUAUUUUACAUUAUGGUCACAGUAACGGUGGUAGUGUCGAAAAUAUUCAACAGUACAAAUUCGAAGUCGAUACCAUUCGCGCCAAUGGGAACAACCGGAAAAAGUCAGCCAUGAGUCUCUCCAGCUCUGUGCGCGACAAAAUCGAGUACUCGGAAGAACUCAAGAGGUCUUGGCUGUACGUUUUCUGUGCUCAAUGCCAUGGUCGGGACGACACAGCUUCGUGGGAACCGCCGGGAUGGCGUCGAGCCUGUCCCCAGCCCUUUUGUCCGAGUUAUAGGAAGUUUGCUCGGACAUCGUGUCUCUUCCUGAUGGGUCUUCUGAUAUGGGGAAUCGUUUAUUGUAUCAUCGGGAGAGACGCGGCUCCCGGAGGUCCCCUUUUUAGUUUAGCGGCUUUGAGUAUCGCCGCCCAUUUCGGAGGUUGGAUUUUUUCCCUGACGACCUUACCCGCCCUCAUUGGUAUGCUCGUAACCGGAAUCGUCAUGCAAAACGCUGGCCUCGUCGAUAUCGGGGGUGGACACUACGGAAGCGUCAUCUCGAAUCUUCGAAAAAUCGCCCUCGUGAUAAUCCUGACGAGAGCGGGUUUGGAUCUCGACCCGAAUGCUCUCAAAAGGCAGCGGAUCACGGUACCGAAGCUGGGUCUGAUACCGUGGCUCGUUGAGGCGGCGAUGAUCGGUGUUACGUCCGUGUAUUUGAUCGGUUUACCAUGGAUUUGGGGCUUUUUGAUCGGCAGCGUAAUAGCCGCGGUUUCGCCGGCCGUCGUUGUGCCUUGUCUCUUCAGGCUCCGGGGCAAAGGUUACGGCGUGGCGAAGGGAAUACCGACCCUCAUAAUCGCGAUCGCCGGAAUCGACGAUGCAGCCUCCGUCGCGAUAUUCGGGAUCGUAAAGAGCGUCAUGUUUUCCCAGGACGCCCUUUGGUACCAAAUCCUGCAGGGCCCGAUCUCGAUAAUCGGUGGGAUCGGUUUCGGCGUCCUCUGGGGAUGUCUGGCAAAAUACGUGCCAGAAAAAGGCGACCCUUUCGUCAUCCCGAUGAGAGUUCUCAUGCUUCUGGGCGGUGGUUUAUUGGCCGUUUUCGGGAGCGAAGCGGUCGAGCUCGGCGGAGCUGGUCCUCUCGCGGUCGUUGCCGCCGCUUUUGUCAGCUGUUAUUUCUGGCAGGAGGAGGAAGGCUGGGAGGUCGAUGAGAACCCGGUGGCGAUCGCUUUCGAAAUAUUCUGGAUGAUUUUCGAGCCGAUACUCUUCGGGCUGACGGGGGCCCAAAUAAAGAUCAGCGAGCUGGAGGGUUCGCAGGUCUACCUGAUAAUCGGCUGCCUCAUGGCGGGAAUAAUAGUCCGAAUUUUGGUUACGGUCCUGGUCGGGAUCGGCUCCAAGUUCAACCUCAAAGAAAAAGUCUUCAUCGCCCUGGCGUGCAUGGCAAAAGCGACGGUCCAAGCGGCGCUGGGCCCGGUGGCGUUGGACGAAAUAGACCCGGCGCAGACCGAUCAGCUUCGCUUCGCCGAGACCGCCCUGACCUUUUGCGUCCUGUCGAUACUGUUGACCGCCCCCGCUGGCGGAGUCAUCAUAACGCUCUCGGGGCCGAAGCUCUUGACGAAAACGACCGCCCCGAUCAAGCCUCAGGAAGGCUGGAGAUCGAGGAGGCCCUCGAUACGCGACAUUUCGAUCAUAAACGAAGAUCCUGAUCUCGAGGAAUCGGCGGCCAAUAAAAUUUGAUUCUUCGAUAAAUGCUCCGUCACCUUUUUUUUUUUUUUAAAGAGAGUCACAAUUAUUUGACCAAAAAAAUGAGGAUGGAAGGGGGCGCGAAGAAAUAGAGUAUUUUCGUCGUCGUAUUCCCCCCCGCCCCCGCAGCCCCCGCUGUCGCUAUACAUACGAAUACGUGUAAAUUAUAAUUUUUCAAUAAUUGUACAUAUAUAUAGCCAAUUAAUGUGCCUUAUAAAGCGAACAACGUUCGAGGGUUACUCGAUAUAAAAACAAAUCCGAUUUCGGGGCUUUUCUGUUUUAUCGAUCGAGCUGACUUGUAUUUUUAAUUUUAUUUCAUUGGCCCCGGAUACUUCCGCUCGUAUAUUUAAUAAAGACGAAGGAAUACGCUGCA